ACAGAAAGGGAAGUCCUAUCAAAUAUUGAAUCCAUAUUGGCUCCAUCUCUUCCUACAAGCAGCGUAACAAAGUACUAUAAUCAGUUUGACCAUAGUGCAGAAGAUACCAUCCUGUCCUUCAUAAAAUUUUAUGAGAGCCAAAAGUUGUUUCUUGAUGGUAUUCUCAGAAGCAAACAUUACUUAAGAGAGUUUGGCACAAGAUCUGAAAAAGUGAAACUUUCUAAAACUAGCUUCCUUAAAACCUUCAUAGAGAAGAAAUUGGAAGAAAUGACAUCAACACAGAAGGAGAUUGAAAAGAAUUAUCUGCAGCAAUGUGAUCAAUCAUCAGAACCUUCAAAAGCCACAAAAAGAGCAAAAAAAGGCAAAGAGAAGAAAACCCCUGCAGAGAAUCCUAGAAAGUUAUCAAUGGCUAUUAUGGCAGCUAAUCUGCAAAUUCAACAUUUCAUGAAAGUCUUUACAGAGUGGAGAGCAAUUUCCCUGGUAAUUAGGUCCAAAGUGUUUGGAAAUGGUGAAAAAGAAAGUAUUGAUGUGCAUGAAGUAAAGUGUCAACUCUGGGGACGCCUUCUUCGUCAAAUGUUUGGAUUGACAUUAGGCAGCGGAGAUUAUGGGCACCUGACUGUAGAUCACAGUGGUAUGCUAUUUCGUAUGCACAGGUCUUUUCGGUUGUUCUCCAACCAAGGUUUUGAAGCCUCGCAUAAAUUACAUCGAAUGUUGUAUUCCCGAGCAACAAAUCAUGACAUGAAAGAAAAGGGACAAUCACUUCAGCAAAUCCUGACUCACUGGUUUUCUGAUAAACUUCUGGACCUCCGGUAUCGGUUUUGCCAGGCUAAAGAAUGCAUUGAAAGUGGUAGUUCACAUUUCAAAUAUAGAGGCUGUGGAUGGGGAUCCAAAAUGUAUCCAAUAGCAAACUGGACCAUUGAAGAUAAGGUACUGAUCUAUGUCCUCAAUGAGCUAUUUACUGAUGUGUUUGGAAAUGAUASUCUGGAAUACAUCUAUGAUAAGUCUAAGGGAACUCAGAUCUCCCAAGACUCAGAGCCAGCAUGUAAAGUCUAUAACCACGAUGAAUGGGAAGAAAAUUAUGAGAGAAAGAAGAGCACUGUACAGAUCCCCUUAUCACCCGUUGUCAAACUACUUAACCUUCUCCCAGGUUCUGAGCAACUGGUAGCUGCUGACUCUGACAACGGUAAUAACAGAGAUGACUCUGAUACCGAUAGUGACAGUGACAGCAUUGACAGCAACUUGUUAAACAACAACUCGGAUGAUUUAGAUGGCAUCACUAUUUUGGAUAGUGAUAGUGAAGACAGCAUCCUAGAUCAAGUGGACAUUUUGGAUGUUCYUAAUUGCACUCAACUCAUAAGUGAUAAGGAUGAUUAUGAUGAAGAUGAUAAUGAUAACAGUGAGGAUGAUUAUGAUGAGGAUGAUGAGAAUGAUAAUGAGAGUAUGGUUGCACUAGAAGAUUCUCCUGUUUCUAUGGUCAGUACACAGUUCAACUACCUAAAAAUAAGGCCAAGUCUCCCUCUUCAGUCCAGUGUGGCAUUUCAGAACCCAAUCUAUAGAUUAUCAAGACUGGAACAAGCAUCAACAUCAAUACCAGCCAUUGCCACAAAUGUCAAAUAUGCAGAUGUUAAGCUGGUAUACCAGAACAUUGUCCCUGCAGAUCCAACACUUAUUGAUAAGAGACCAUGCUCAAGCCUACUAUCCAAGGCAGAAAGCUGUUUAACCAAGUCAAAAAAGAAGACAUCACAAACAGUAAUUGGAGUUCAAAUAGGGUCAAUUGGCUGCUUUGACGAUAGUGGAUUGUCAGUGUUGAGGAAUUUCUGUACUCUGGCAAGAAUGAGGGCUGAUGUCAUUGCAGAAGUGCAGUGGCUAGAUCGAAUUGUUAACAUCGAAUUGUGUGGAUUGUUUUCAGCGCUUUGGUAUGCCUAGUCAAACUACACAGAUGACUGCAAGAACUGGUCAUGGCGCUGGCAGUUGUGGAAUAGGUGUCAUAAAAUCUGCACAAGAUUUYAUUGCCAUUGGGCCUUCAGCCAAUCACCAAUUUACGUGGGCAUAUCAUGAAAUGCAACAACACAGAGUACAAUUGAUGAUAAAAAUUCUUGAUUUGAAAGAGUCCGGCCACUGACAUUUAUGCUAGUUCUAUUUCUUCUUCCUUGGGUAGUCGAUUCUAUUAGAAUUGUUGUUAUCUGGAAGUCACAUUCCUUGGGUAGUCAAUUCUAUUAGAAUUGUUGUUAUCUGGAAGUCGCAUUCCUUGGGUAGUCGAUUCUAUUAGGCUCGUUGUUAUCUGGAAGUCACAUUCCUUGGGUAGUCGAUUCUAUUAGAAUUGUUGUUAUCUGGAAGUCGCAUUCCUUGGGUAGUCGAUUCUAUUAGGCUCGUUGUUAUCUGGAAGUCACAUUCCUUGGGUAGUCGAU